CGGGGGGCGAGCGGCGGCGCCGCGGCCCGGACGGGGGACGGACCGACAGACCGAGCGAGCGACUGACUGACCGACCGACCGGCCCGCAGGGCUGCCCGCGGCCGCCAUGGAGGUGUGCGAGAGCGGCGGGGAGCAGCCGCCGCUGCUGCACUGGGACCGCAAGCUGAGCGAGCUGUGCGAGCCCGCCGACCCCGACACGCUGCUGAGCCACACGCACUUCACAGAGUUCCUGGAUGAGUUUUCACCUGAUGUCCUAGGCCAGCUCUUGAAUGAUCCCUUCUUGUCUGAGAAGAAUGAAAUAAUGGAGGUGGAACUGUCUCCAGCGUCCCCAGCGCCCCUCAUCCAGGCAGAACACAGCUAUUCCCUGUGUGGGGACUCUCGACCCCAGUCUCCCUUGACCCACAUCUCGACCGAUGACAACUUUAAUGAAGGUGACCUGGAAAAUGAGGAAUGGUGUCUGGCUACAGAGUUUACUCCAGCAUCAAUAAAGACUGAGCCAGGGUUGUGUGAGACAUCAGGCCUCGCUCCCUCCGUCAGUCUCACCGUCACAGCCACAUCGCUGGAGGGAGAACGACCUGAACUACAGACAGAUGCCCUGAUGAAACCACUGACCCAGAAAGUUCUUCCAGAGAUUAAAUUGGAGCCCCAUGAAGUGGAUCAGUUCCUGAACCUCUCUUCUAAGGAAGCAGUGGAUCCCCUGCAUUUGCCUCCAACCCCCCCCAGCAGCCAUGGCAGUGACUCUGAAGGAGGGCAGAGCCCAGCCAGAUCACUCCCUCCUUCAAGCCCAAUCCAGCUACAAGCCACGGCUAAAGUUGCAUCACGCACAGCUUCAGUACUGUCCAAUUCCCCUCUCCUGACAGCACCACAUAAACUACAGGGGACUGGCCCCCUCAUCCUGACAGAGGAGGAGAAGAGGACACUGAUAGCAGAGGGCUACCCAAUCCCUACCAAACUGCCCCUGACAAAAGCAGAGGAAAAAGUGCUAAAGAAAAUCCGCAGGAAAAUAAAAAACAAGAUCUCUGCCCAGGAAAGUAGAAGAAAAAAGAAAGAAUACAUGGACAGUCUGGAAAAAAAAGUUGAGACCUGUUCAAAUGAAAACAGUGAGCUGCGUAAGAAGGUUGAAGUCCUGGAGAAUACUAACAGAACCCUUCUGCAGCAGCUGCAGAGACUCCAAGCCAUGGUUGCUGGCAAAGUGUCCCGUUCGUGUAAGGCAGCUAGCACACAGACAGGGACCUGUCUUAUGAUGGUGGUGCUGUGCUUUGCAGUAGUUUUUGGCAGCUUCUCUCAGAGCUAUGGGCCAUAUCCUUCUGCUACGAAGAUGGUGUUGCCCAGGCAGCAUUCCUCACCAGAGUCCUACACAGAUUCCAUUGUGAGGUCAAGGAGUCUGCUAAUCUAUGAAGAGUCUCACCAACUGGAGGAGUCGUCAAGCCCGAUCUCCUUUGCAGAUCGCAGUGACAGGCAAACAGACACCUCCAAGUACACAACGCUGUCCCUGGAAGCCGUGUCAGGGACACAGCAGGAUGACAUCAUGCAGUUCACAAUAGCCAAUGAGACAAGGCUAGAGAAAUCAGUGCUGCUGGGCCUGCAGCAGCACAGAGUCAACUCUGAACUAGAAAGAAAUGAAACACUGAAGAUAAUUGAAAUAGAUAGAAGAGUCAAUGCCACCUCUUAAAAAUAAAAACGCCUUUUUUCUUGACUUCCCUCUUUCCCACAUAUUUUCAACCAAAGUUCCCCUGACUUGUCAUCCUCAGUGAACCAAAGUACAAAAGAGAGGGAGUUCAACUUCUGCAUUGACUGGUGAGGCUGUGACUACAGAUGGGAUCUCUUGUCUUUGUAACUCCCUUCCUCACUUCGCACACAGUCCCUGUCUUUACUUUUAUUCCUUUCCUGUCUAAUACUGCAAGGGCAGGAUUGAAUUAUGAUGGCAGAUGAUGCCAGCAGCGUGCCAGUGACUGGUGGGUGUGUGUGCCACAUGCACACAGCCUGGUCUGAGCACAAAGGCAUUCUGUGGAAGAGUGAAAUGUGCAAAACCAACAGGAGCAUGUGGGUGAUAGUUUUCUUGGGAGAAGGUAACUGAGGGAGAGGGAGGAGAUGAUGGUGCUCAGAAUCUAAUCACAGCUCUGCGCCUGCUGGUCUACAGCACUUGAGCCUUUUGUGGGGAUUGGGAAGCAUGUGUUUAGCCUGCUUCUGAAGGGACAGGAAAGGACCCUGAGACUGCUGAGCUCAGAGCACAGGCAGGAGAGGGGUGGGCAAUGAUGCUGCUGAAUUGUCCUCCCCUAGGUCUUUCUCUUCUCCUUUAUUAUUUAGUGGGGUAGGUUUCUCUGUGUGUUGAAAGCAGUUCUGGUGGGCUUCCCUGCUUCCAUCCACCCUUGAGAAAUUAAGCAAAGAUCAGUCACUGUCUUGUCACACUUUGUGUGGGAGAAUUACACUAGUUUAACUAAAUCUGUUUAGAAAGCAGGUUUUGUUAAAUUUAUACAAUGUUUUAGAUGGAUGCCCUUUAGUUUGCUUAAGGCUAAUCUAUUUAGCUUGUAUCAGUUCCUUCCCAACAAACUGAAUCAAUGUAAGGCUUAAACCAGAAGUGCCUCCCGAGAGGAUGAUAUGGAUUUAAUUUAUUGGCUUCUAGAUGCAUUGAAGGAAUUUCUUGUGUAGACCCAGUCUCAGAUUGUCUUGUGUUUUCCUUUCCUUGCCAUCUUUCCGUUACUGUUGUAAAUAGUAUUUAUUAGCUUUGCAAAAUCUUGCUCAGGCAGUUGCAGUGAAGAGAAUUGAGCUUCCCUUAACCCUGCAGGUGAUCUGAGCAAACUCUAAAAUCUAACACAGAAAUAUUACUGAAUACCCAUUCCCUCCCCUUAAACUUGAAUUGUUCUAAAAUAAAGCCAUGUAGCUUAUUUUCCUCUUACCUCCUUUUCCAGAGAUGUGAUCUUUUAGACCAACUGCUUUGUUGAAAAGACAGGAGUAUAGGUAAACCCCAGCUAGGCACAGGUCAGGCCUAGAGGUGGUAGCUACUGUAUUAGCUGUUUGGCAAGGCAGCCUCUGACCUGAGGAGUUGAUUAUGCAGGCAGGAGACCUGUGAAAAGAGGGAUGAGAUGAGCACAUAGGGAGAUGAAGUGACUGGCCCAAAUCCAGUGAAAAAGGCAAGAGCAGUCUUCAGGUCUGAUCCUGGUCCAGUACUCUUCUCCCUGCUUUGUUUCCUCCUUGUCCCAUGUCAUUGUCUUUUAAGUGUCCUCUCUCUUUCAGUACCCUGGUCAUGCCUUUGCUGGAGCUGUGCUUCUUGCACUUUGUCCUUGCAGUGGCAUAGUUGAACUUACACUAGGAUUUGAGCAGGGUUUUAUCUGGUUCCUACAGAAGGGCACUCAGGCUCCACUGAGAUGGAUUUAGUGUGAAAAUCCCAAUUCAGCAGGCUAGCAUAGCUACUUUACAGUUUACCAGAAGAAGUCAAUUAAAAAAAAAAAAAAUUGAAGCUCUUUUUUCUUUUAUUUUUUUCCUAAUGAUAAAUAAGGGAAAAACUAACCUAGCCUUACAAGUAAUUUUUUACUAUGUACAGUAGAUAUUUCCUGCAAGUAUUCUAUUUUGUAAUAUACUGGAUUUGUAUUUUAAUACAGCAACUAUCACACCAGCUCCUUUCUUGUUCUUUGUUCUCCUCCUUCCCUAUUUGCCAUCCUCAGGCCUGACUCAAAGCUCAGAGAAAUGAAUGGAAAGUAUUUGGCAAAUUAGAGGGGACUGUGGAUCGGUUCCCACUGUGCCAUUUUAAGAAGGUGUUUCAGAUUAGUGACAGUGAAACAUAUGCCUGACUCCAUGAGCUAGUAAUGAGUUUUGGUACAGAUGUGCUUUUUAGGUAAUGCCCUAUUCUUCUAUGCAAGUACCUUUUUAUUAUUUUACCUGAGGUGGCAAUGAAAGGGGAAAUGCUGUUGUAGUUUGUGUUGUAACUUCUUGGCAUGGGUCAAUCUCUACCCUAAAGUCUGUUUCCCUUCACAGUGAUCCUCCUGGAUCCUCUGAAUCAUUCCAUUAUCUGUCAACAACUUUUGUAUGAUUUUUUUUUUUCUUUUUGAAUGGUUUAAGGCCUCACAUAAACGGUGACCACUGUUGGGUGUCACAAGGGAUGGCUGCAUUGCUCAGCCACUUGAGGUCAGCAAAGUGGCAGGAGAAAGCUGGGACUGACCCUUCCAUUACUUUAUGGCUGGUCAGCAUAAGUGGGCAACAUCAUAGUUUAGAAAAUUCCUUAUAUGGUAGUGGUUUGCCAUUUCUGAGGGCAACUGAGUAGUUAAAUGUUCUGCAAAAGAGGGUCCAAGCUAUGAAGUGCAACACCACUGAUUAGUCCUGCAGUUUGUACUGUGCAUAUAAGCAGGAGGCCUCUCUGCCUGAGCUCAUGCCUGUGACCAGUUAAAUGGAUCACCUCCCAGUGCAGAUACAGCUGACUUCACUGUCUUAAAACCAAAAUGGAAUUAUUUCUCAAUACUCACAGGACAGAUGAUUUUGCACCACCAAAACAGCCCCUCCUCUCCAAAAUGUACUGCACUUGCCACCAUUAAAACUUUGCCCUAUUUGUUUGCAUAAUUUGGGAAUGUCAGUUCAGAUCUGGUUGAGAGAUAGUCAUGUUUUCAUCCAGAGCAUUUUAAACAGCCACAGUCUGGGUCAGGCCUCAGUACUAACUCAUCCAAGCCCGUAUGGCCAUUCUGAUUUCCUUGCAACUGUUUGAUAAUCUAUUUCUAUAAUCCUAAUUUGUGUAAUCCUUUAAGUUAUUUUUAGGUAUUCUUUUGGGCAAUCUCUUCACCUAGCACACACAUUGCUUGGGGAUUUAUUGUAUUACAUGUUACUCCUUUAUAAUAAGGAAAACCUUUACUUUACUUGGGUAUGUUUGUGAUCAUUUCUCUUCAGGGGCCUUAAUAGAACAGGUUUCUCUGCUAGAUACUGGGGGCCAAGGAAUCCUCUGUCAUCACCUCCUCACAGGCUGUUGAACAGCAAGGACUUCACUGUCUCCAGAGGUAGUUUGUGCCCAUAUUAUGUACCUAGCAGGGGGAUGGGAGAGACAGGACAGUGCCAUUGCACUGCCAGCCUCAGCAGCCCAGGGGUGACCCCAGUGUGAAUGUUGAUGCACUGCACACCACGUGCAGAGGAAGCUUAUGUGCUCUGUGCUAAGGGCAUAAGGAAGGAGUACUAAAGUGUACUCAGGGAGGAUGCCAGCGUAAGUGCUUUUAAUUAGCUCAGCUCUAUUACUUGAGGUCUUAGCCUUCUGCCAGUGUGCUUUUUCCAGUGAUCAGUGACUUGGUGCUGUAGGAUAAUGUGUGUGUAUGGAUGUGGUAAGCAAAGGCCUUACAUGCAACUUAAUUUCCAUUUCCAGCAGAGGACUUGAGUGAUACUUGGAGUCCUCAGGUGUCACAUUAUGCUGUUUGUCAGCACAGUUUAACACACACUAGUAAACUUACCUUUUGGCCUGUAGCUUUAAAGCAUGUCUGGAUCUGUUGGGUCUUUGCUUCUAGAGAGAUAAGCUAUGAAUGAAAGUAGGGCAUUAUUUUUUUAUAUAUAUAUAUAUUUUAAAACUAUCAAGCACAGGGCAUGUGCUGUUUCUAACCUUGUUACUAGUGUGUAGAUAAUAUUGUUUUUUUCCCUGGGCUAUUUAUAGUUCUUUGCUGCAUUUCUGUCAUUGGUACCAUUCAAUAUUUUUCAGCAGCACAGACUUAUGGAUUAGACUGAGGUUCUUAGGCCAGAUCCCACCUGAUACAACGCAGCGCACCUCUCACAUACUGCUCUUGGGGGCUGAAGGUCUGAUUUAUACUGACAGGGGACCUCUUCCAUAGCUCUCUGUAUAACAGAGAGAUCUCGAUGUAUUCUUGAUUUUUCUAACAUAGACUAAAAAUUAAUCUAAAACCUCUUUUUUUUCAUGCUAAAGAAACCAACCCACCUCUCUGCUCCCAUCCCCCCAAACUAUCAGUGGUAAAUUCUGUCUAGACACAUUUAAAAUGUAGGUCAAGUAAAAGAAUGAUACUAAUUGCUACGUUGGGAGGGAUUUCCACUGAGUAUUUGGGCUCUAGAUUCUAGCUAGUGCCAAGAGGCCAUUGUACUAAACCCACGCAGUUGAGAACAGAGGAAUAUGGAGUAUUUUUAUACUCUUGGUGACUAAAAUAUUUCUUUCUCGAGUCACUAAUUAAAAAGGGAACAUUUUGUAUUCUGAAGGUGAAAUGAUAGGUCAGAACUUGGUAGCUACAAAAGUUAUACUAGCCUGUAUAAGUAGUGUAGUGCUGUGAUGUGUUUGCACUAUAUAGUGUUAAGGAUUAACAACUUUGGGGCUUGCAAAGAUGAAUGAAUUGACUUACGUGUUAAGUAAGGUCUUUACAAAUAAGAUGUAAGGAUUCAAUCAAUACUGUAGCUUUCUCAUGGCCAAUAAAAUGACAUUGGGCAUUCAGAGGUAUGUUGAGGGUGUGAUCCCAAGAUCCACAUUGCUUGGGUGAUCAGCAUCCACUGGAGACUCCUGUAUUGAGAGGGAAAUUGCAAUUUUUUUUGUCAUUUUUAUGUCAGGCCUUUUUCUGCUUUACCAAGGUGUGUAUGUAUAUAUAUAUAUAUAUACGAAUUUAAUUGCUGUGUAGAAAAGCAUGCAUCUUGCAGGAACCUCUGUGAUGCUGAAAUGGAGUUUGGAUAUUCUUUAUUAGCAGUAGUCUCUUGUCUACCCUAAAACUGAUCUCCAUACUCUUUCUCCAAGAGCUUCAACCGCAUAGCUGAGAACUGAACAUGGGAAAGCUGGAUUUGUAGACCUGUCUUACAGAAAGGGUGAAAGAAAGGGCAAGUGAAGGGACCUGACAUCACGGGGAAACCUAGUUCUUGAUUCCAAAAACCAGCAAUGAUAGCCUCUGUCAGUAGUUCCCUGCUAGGUUUAGAUUUACUCCUAUUCCCCUUGCUCUUUAAUAUUAUGCAGUCCUGUUUAUGCAUAUCUGACCUUUAUGUUAUAUGUCACUUUCCCCUCCAAACAGCAGGUAAAAAUCUUUCUGAACUUUAGCAGUCCAUAAUGAAGGGAGUGGAAGAGAGAGGGGGGGAAGCAGAAACAGGUAAUCAUUUUCUUUUAACAGAACUCAGCUCAUAUCUGACUUUGCCAUACCAGAUUUUAAUUCAACGGUGCUGAUGUAACGGCGUCUUGCUUUCUUCUUUUGUACAGUUAGCACGAAUGAGUGUGAGCGUGUGUGUGUCUGUGCAGAUGUGCACGGUGAAUAAUUAAAUCAACAACACAGAGUUGUUUCCUUAGUGUAAUAAGUGUCACUAAAUAAAGGCAUCUACCUGAACACACAGGGCGCACUCGGCUUGGUGCAGCAGGAAGUCCAGGCCUUCCUCUCUGAAACCUGUUCACAUUCCACAUCACUGAGCACUCGUAAAACUAUUGUGUGAAUUGCUGUCUGAAGACUGUGCUGUGAUUAAUUGUCGACUGAAUGUUGUUGUACUGUGUCAUUUUGUGUGUAUGCAUAGACUGCCUGGCCUUUCUGUAGGACAGCUCUGGCUUGGUUCAAAAUAUAAUUGCUUUAUGCUUUAUUGUAUAUUCUGGUAUAAUUUUUGUUCUGCAUAGCUAUGGCUUUGAAUCUUUUUGUUUUUAAAUGAUGUAAGUUAGCCUUAAAAGGUGGCCUCUGGGAGCUGAUUGCUCAAGGAACACAGUUGCUUGAGCUGGCCUUGUGGGAGAGGACCUAAAGAUCCCCCCUUCCCUGGGAGCGCUACUGCCCUGACCGCCCCGUGGGCACAGUGUGGGGAAGCAGUUUGCUCUCAGAGGACCGUGUUGUGACACAGAUACAUCACAGUUUUUCUGAGAUUUGCUAGGCCUUCCAAGGGUAAAUUACCUGGUGUUACUCUCAGGAAGAGAAAUACAUAUCCAGGGCCAAAUCAAUUGCCUUGGGUCAUGCAAAGCAGCACCUUGUGACUGAGUCACUCUGCUGUGACACACCUAAGGCACUUAAGCUGAUCUUUCCCUUUCCCUCUGUUCAUGAGAAUGCAGUAUGGGUUUGUGCAAACAUUUAAAACUAUCUGAGAUGACAUGGACAGUGAUACUAGUGCAAAAGCAUGCCCUCCAAAACUCCUUGGUAAACUUCAUUGGGGCCUCUUCUGACUGCAGAUGUCUCUAUUCUCUUGCCAUAUCUAUUUAACUCUGUGUCUGUGUGUUCAGUGGCCCCUAUUUUUGUACAAGUGCUGUCAUCUGGAUGCGAUCCCACCUGAUUGUUAACACUGCAAACAUGUCAUUGGGUGGAAAGAAAUUGCUGGUUUUCCUUUUUAAAUCAUCUGCCUGAUUCUACGAGAGAACAGACUACCUGCUUUUGUAGCCUAAAUAUGUAUGUAGCAAAGUAUGUUAUGCUUUUCAUUUCUUGCAAAUAAAUAUUUUCUGUAGAAAAAGCAA